GGCAUAGUUAGUUGCUUGUGAAACGUACUUAGCCGUAGUCACCCUCCUUACCCCCCUCAACAACUGGCUCCUCGCUGAAUUUCUCUUCCUCACCUAGAAGCCGACCACCUAGGACGAGACAGAGAGCUAGCGACGACAUGGAGACGGAGUUUCAAUCCCGUGCUAAGGCCAGCUCGACGGCUACUUUUGCGGAAGACGUGAAUGGUGAGGGCUACAGCAGAGAUGACAGAGACCUAAUCAGGCUAGGGAAGAAUCCCGUAUUGAAGCGCAAUUUUGGGUUUAUGUCCAUCUUGGGCUUCUCUUGCACUGUCCUGAUCACAUGGGAGGGGAUGCUUAUAGUUUCUACCCAGAGCUUGGUGAACGGAGGUCCUGCGGGUGUUAUCUGGGGAUACCUUAUCGUUUGGAUUGGCACUCUCUCGAGUUUCACUGUACUAUCAGAGUUGGCUUCGAUGGCCCCAACCGCAGGUGGCCAAUAUCACUGGGUUGCGAUGCUAGCCCCGGACAGUUCGAGGCGCUUUUUAAGCUACAUAACUGGUUGGAUCACACUUACCGGCUGGCAAGCAGCCACUGCUUCUGCAGCAUACCUCACAGGAUCUCUUCUGCAAAGUAUUAUCAUCAUGUUGAAGCCGGAUUAUACCCCUCAACCGUGGCAGACUAUGCUAUUCUUUUGGGCGAUAGUAGGCUUCGCAGUGUUCAUAAACACCAUCGCGAGCAAGACCCUUGUUCAUUUCGAGAGGUUAAUACUUAUCUUACACAUCCUCGGAUUCUUCUCCAUCUUGAUUCCUCUUGUCUACCUUGCUCCCCAUGGGGACACUUCUCUCUUUACAACCUUUGUCAAUGAAGGCGGGUGGCCUACCCGGGGCUUGUCGUUCAUGGUUGGCCUACCGACCUCCGUAUUUUCACUCGUUGGUGCCGAUUCCGCUGUCCAUAUGGCCGAGGAGAUAAAAAACGCCUCAACUGUAGUGCCUCGAGCUAUACUUUUCAGCAUCGGACUCAAUGGCGCGCUCGGAUUUGCGAUGAUGAUCGCGUAUCUCUUUUGCCUAGGAGACCUUCAAGCUGUGUUAGAGUCGCAGGAAACACUAGGCUACCCUUUCUUAUUCGUGUUUCAAACCGGGACCAAUUCAACGCCGGGCGCGGCAGUGAUGGGUUUGAUAGUCGUAGUUCUUGGUUUAUGCUGCACCGUGAGCGUUCUAGCGUCAUCAUCGAGAAUGCUUUGGUCAUUCGCGAGGGACCGAGGAGUACCAAUUUGGAGGACAUUUGUCAAGCUUGAACGUCGCACAUCCAUUCCCAUUUAUACCAUCGCGUUUACAACAAUCGUCUCCGUACUCUUAUCUUUGAUCACGCUCGGCUCAAGUGUUGCUUUCAGCAAUAUUGUCAACCUCACUGUCGCCGGUUUAUAUUCCUCUUACCUGCUUAGCUGCAUGCUUUUGCUUUGGCGGCGUACUCAAACACAGGGAAUUAAACCAUACGACUUGCAUAUAUCCAGAGUUGGGCCCGGCAACCUUCAAUGGGGGCCGUGGCGUAUUCCAGGCAUACUAGGUGUACUUAACAACGCAUUUGCUUGUAUGUAUUUGUUGCUGUUGUGGUUUUGGUCAUUUUGGCCUCCAGCCAUGUCGGUUACACCGGAGAGUAUGAACUUCAACGUGCUGACGUUUGGAGCGGUGGUACUGUUUGCCGUUGCUUGGUAUGCCAUCCGAGCUAGGAAGGUUUACAUAGGUCCAAUUGUGGAGGUAACACUGUAAACCCGGAUGCCUGAAUCUUUCUUCCUAUGGGUCUGCGAUGACAACCCUCGGGUGAUGUAACAGAGAAGUGGUUGGGUGAUUUACACAGCUAGACGAUACGUAUACCUAGCUUAAAAGGGGGCUACUAACGUGCACCAUCCGCUCAAAGUCAAUGAAGCAAUAAGCCUUGAUCCGUUCUUUUGAAUUAUGGUCUGUCGGGGUUACGGAUUGACGUUCAGAUAAUCACAUGUACAAAUGCCGUAGCGAGAACGAAUCAGGACAGCGCUGAGCACAGCAGCUUGCGGCGUACUCUAAACCUGUCAGCAGUAUUGGAUGGAACAUCUCGCGAUUGGUACUGGAUUACGAAGCUUACUCUGAGUAGCUUAAGGAUUUCAUGUAAUGUGAUUGCUUUCACUGGCAAUUGCUCUGAUGUCAGCCAGUCAUCUUGAUCUUAUCAACAUCAGCCUCCCCCUGGUUUGGUGGAGAAGCUGACGACAUCAAUGGAACUGAGGGCUGUUCACUUCUCAGAAACACAAGCUAUGAAGGGCCAAAUUUAACAAUAUAGAGUCAAAAGCUAUCGUCACC